CUGAUAUGGUUGUAUUGUGGCAUGAUAGGUAUUAUAUCACGCCAUGCCAAGUAGAAGUAGGAACCCACCUUUGCCGAGCAAAAAUGCAUAAAGUUUCGGUUCCUACGUGUUUCUCACAACGAAUAAAAUAGCUAUACUUUUAAUUAGAGUGGGGGAAGUUGAUUUGAAUUACGAUUACGAGUUUUUAAUAUCAGUUUUAAUAAGUUUAUGAACAUCAUUAGCACAAAUCCAAAUGUAAUGCACUGGAUACUGUAUGCGAAACCUUGGAAUUGUUCGAAGUUAUGGGAGAAACUGAAAGGCGCGGGUUCUAUCGCACGUGGACAUUGUGACAAAUGGAACCAACACUCUAAACCGUCAGCCCCGAAGAUGGAUUGGAUAACUGAAGAAGACAGGGGAGAGUUUUUAAAAAUGUUUCCUAGUUUGGUUAAAGAAUUAAAAAGUGAUAAGAUGCUUUACGGUCAUUCGGAUGUAGCGGAGAGGUUUGGAAAAUUUUUGGAACACACCGUCCCACAUGGGAAAUUGCUCAAUUCCCUAACAUUUGUUGCAUUUUAUAAAUUAAUUGAGGAUCCAGCCAGAUUGACACCGCAAAAUGUUCAUUUAUCAAUGAUUUUAGGAUGGUGUGUCCAACUAUUGGUUACAGUUUUUACGGUUUCCGACGAUAUGAUCGACUUUUCUGAGACACGUCGUGGUAGACGUUGUUGGCAUCUAUUAGAAGAUGUGGGAAUGUCCGCGAUAAAUGACGUAAUGUUUGUGAAAAGUGGAAUCUUUUCCAUACUGAGAAACCAUUUACGUGAUCAUCAUUGCUAUCUUCCAACAAUGGAAUUAUUUCAGCGAUAUAUAGGGCAGUUAGCAAUGGGACAGACCAACGAUACGAUAUCUAUGGUGAAAGUUGAUCUGCUUGAUCAGAAUACUUUCAACAUUGACAACUACAAAGCAACCAUCAAGUUUAAAGCCGGCCUUCUAUUCUCUUUUCCACUGCAUUUGGCGAUGCAUUUGUCUUCUAAACGCGAUUAUAAAUUGCUAAAGCAAGUAGACGAAAUUUUCAUCAAAAUUGGAUCCUAUUUCCAGUCGCAGAAUGAUUUUUUCGAUGGUUUUGUCGAUCACAGUAUAACAGGUAAACACGGUACAGAUAUUCAGGAAGGUAAAAUUUCCUGGUUGAUAUUGCACGCAAUGCUACUGGCGUCUUCAACACAGAAGGACAUAUUACUUCAAAACUACGGCAAAGGUCAUACCAAAAAUAAAGCUGCGGUUCUUGCUGUGUAUAAAGAUCUGGAUCUUCCGAAGGUAUACGCGCAGUUUGAAGAUGAUACCUAUAACGAACUGAAAUAUGACAUCCAAAUGAUCUCGGAAACUUCUGUGCAAACUUUUUGUUUGAAAGUAUUAGACAGUAUUUAUAAAAGAUACAUGAGACAGUACCAUCAACAAUUAAGUGCACAAUGACAAGAUGUAACGGUACAUUGUCAAGUGUAAUAACAAAUUAAAUGAACAUUUCAGCCUUACAGCCCAAUAAAUGAAGAUCCCUGGUCAGUACAUUCACCAUUGAAAUACAUUGUAAGCUUUCCUUCAAUUGUGGAAGAUAUUUGAGUUCAAAAAAGGUACCACAAUUAGGUACCCUUAAAUUAUUUAAAAGCUACUGUUGCCACUUGGUUUUCAUUUCUAGAAAUUUAUGACGUGUUUUACUAGACAAUAAUAAUAGAAAUAAUUAUAAUCCCUUAAGAUAGGCAAAUUACUUUUCCAUAGUUCUCUUUAUUGACAUGCUCGAGAUAUAGUUAAUCUGUUAUAUUGCGUUUUAAUAGUAAAAAGUAUUAGAAUGAUAUAGGAGAUACUUAUAAGUUAU